UCGGCACAAAGGAAGGCGCUGAAUAGAGGUUGUCAGCCUCUGGAAUAAGGGUGAGUAGGAAUCCUUUUAUAUGAGAUUGUUUCCUGAAGAAUACUUUUUUACCCCCUCUCCUUGCCUCCUCUUCCCUCGCAUCUAACAUGAGCAAAGUGACUUGUCCUCUAUCUUUCUUAAUUCUUAUCGUUCGGAGGGGGCAGGAUUGCUCCUUUCUGUAAAGCACCAUCAGUCACACCAAAAAUCUGUCAAAAAUAGGGGGCAAAAAGGAGAGAGCGUUCUUGCCUGGAGAGCUCACAAAUCAUGACGUGCAAAAUGAUAAAAAUCUGAGACAUUUUCAAUGGACUUUGUCUGCGCUAUAUCACAGGAUAUUCAUGCUAAUGGAUUUCCUUCUAAUUGGUCUGUACCUAAAGUGGCCGUUGAGGAAGCCCGCGGGGUUGCUACUCUGCUCACUGGGCAUUUUUCUGAAAAUGGUUCCCUUGGUGGAGGGGUCUUGUCCGCGGCUGUGUCGCUGCGACAACAAACUCCUCUACUGUGAGGGGCUUAACCUAACGGAAAUCCCCCGCAACCUGAGCAGCGCUGUCGGUUUGUCCCUGCGGGAGAACAACAUCUCUGAGCUGCGGGAGACAAACUUUGUUGGCCUGUCGCAGCUCACCUGGCUCUACCUGGAUCAUAACAGCAUUCAGCUGGUGGAGGAGAACGCCUUUGAACGGCUGCGUCGCAUAAAGGAGCUGGACCUGAGCACCAACCGGAUUGAGAGUCUGGCAAAUGGCACAUUCAAACCUAUGCCCAACCUGCGCAUCCUGGAUUUAUCCUACAACAGACUGCAGGAACUGGAGCCAGACCUUUUCCAUGGCCUUAGGAAGCUAACCAAUUUGCAUCUGCGCUACAACGCCCUCAAGUUUGUUCCUGUGAGGAUCUUCCAGGACUGCAGGAGCAUGCAGUUCUUGGAUCUGGGCUACAACCAGCUGCAGAGCCUGGCGCGCAACUCGUUUGCUGGGCUGUUCAAACUGACUGAACUGCAUCUGGAGCACAAUGAGCUGGUGAAAGUCAACCUGGCCCACUUUCCUCGUCUCAUCUCACUGCGCACACUCUACAUGCGCAACAACAAGGCCACCAUUGUGGUCAACACUCUUGACUGGACCUGGCACUUCUUGGAGAAGAUCGACUUCGCUGCCAACGAGAUCGAGUACAUCGAGCCACAUGUGUUCGAGAGCGUUCCCAACCUGAAAACGCUCAUGCUGGACACUAACAAGCUCACCUACUUGGACCAGCGGAUUCUGGACUCGUUGAGCUCGCUGGACAGCAUCUCGCUCUCCAAGAAUGAAUGGGAGUGCAGCCGCAACGUCUGCGCCCUGGCCUCCUGGCUCAGCAACUUCCGGGGUCAGCGUGACAACGCCUUGCUCUGCUCCAGCCCAGACAUUGCACAGGGCGAGGACAUCCUGGACGCCGUCUACGCGUUUCAGCUCUGCGAGGAAGGCGGCGACAGCACCACCCAGACCUACACCGCCACCCGCGACCGUUCCGGACCAGGCUACAUCUAUGAAGGCCCGACCCACAGCACGUACAACCUCCGGGAGACGGAGGGCGGAGGGGUAGUGACUGGCUCCUUCACCGUGACACCGCCCGGAGAAGAUCUGGACAGCACCAUGCAGAUCCAGAAGGUGGUCACAGGCACCAUGGCGCUGAUCUUCUCCUUCCUCAUUGUGGUGCUCAUGCUCUACGUGUCCUGGAAGUGCUUUCCAGCCGGCGUGCGGCAGCUCCGCCAGUGCUUCACCAGCCAGCGCCGCAAGCAGAAACAGAAGCAGACCAUGCAGCAGAUGGCCACCAUGUCCACACCGGAGUACUACGUCGACUACAAGCCCAACCACAUUGAGGGGGCCCUGGUCAUCAUCAACGAGUAUGGCACCUGCACCUGCCAGCAACAGCCCUCACGAGAGUGCGAGGUGUGAGGCCACCUUCGCUGCUGAUGGGCACUAGAGGCUGUGGUUUCUCUUUCCCCGCUGAGGGAAGAGUUUCAUUGGAUUGAUGUAGCUUGGAUAAAUAACUGCACCAUGCUGCUCUUAGCUGGAACAAAAGGACUGAUGGAUUGAUGGAUGGAUGGAUUGAAGAGGAGAAUGGGGGAGGGGUAGAGGUGGAGGUGGAAUGUGGCAGCUCCUUGAGACUAAAAGAUGGUGGAUUUUACUGCUGACUUGUGAUCAGUCUCCUGAAGGACAUGACUAUGGGACCUGUUGACUUGAUGCAACAAAGCUUUGAGGAAUUAUGCCGUGGUUCACUUGGAGAGGAUAUUUCAGCUUUAAUGUGUCUUUCUAAUUCAGGAUAUUACAAAAGAGAAAAUCUAAUUCUGUCAAAAAAAAAAGUAACUGGGGACAUCCAGAAAAAAACACUGUUUUUAUUGUGUUAAUGACAAGGAAAGUGGGGAAAAGAAUAAAAAAAAAUAUUAAAGUAUGGAGAUUUAAAAGAUUAAAAAAAGAACAAAAAUACUGACUGUAUAAAAUAUGUUAUAAAAGCAGAAAUGCAAGAGUGGGGAAAAUGCAAGAGGCUAUCCUAUUUUUUUUGUAAACUUAAAAAAAUGAUGAUGUUUAAAUAAAUGAAUUGCUAUUCACCAUAAAGCUGUCUACAGAGGCAUUUGGGGUGCAGUGGUGGUUAGGAUCUAAGGAUGUUAUGUCUGCCAGGUCUCCGCAGUAGCCUGCUAGUAAACGAACAUGGGGCAGAGUGAUGGCAUCACGUCAUUUAAAAACGGCGAGUCUAAAUCUGAAUUUGAGAUCUCACUUUCUUUCUACCUUACUAUAUACAUAUUUUUUGUGAGGAAUAAUCAUUGUGCUGGCUUGCCCUUUUGCUGUUGUGGUUUGCAUUUUUAUUUUCCUCUCAUUUAUGAACAGAUAAGGGAAAACAAACUGUGAAAAUAGAACAUGAUGCACUCAGAUGGCACCUCACAUCAAUUCAUUUGAAGAUCUUGUGUGCCAUCCAAAUAAACUAAAAUAAGGAUAUGAGACCUCAGGCUAUGCCUUGACUGUUUUUUAAGACCGAGAUAUUGUGUGAAGAGCACUUUUGGCAGAGUGAGAACAGUCAAGAGGGAAAGAAAUAUUUAGCCUUAAACUUUAAAAUCAAAAUGAAUUUGAAAUUGCAAGGAUUAAGAAUUUAUAUGCCUUCUCAAAGCAACUGGCUGUGCAAGUGGGGAGGAAAAUCCAGAUGCUAAAUCACAUUUCAAUGUAAUUAUGGAAUAUAUUCUUUAAAAUACAAGCAUAUUUUUCUGUAUUGUUUCCUGCUCUGGUUGUUCAUUGUGUGGCUCGCUGUGUGCACAGCUGGUGUUUUUAGUUUCAUUUGACAUGUGUUUGAAAACAGAGGGGGGGGGGGGGUACAUUGAUGGAGAUGAGAUGAGAGGAGGAGAGAGGAGAGGAGAGGAGAAAAGAGGAGAGAAGAGGAGAAAAGAGGAGAAGAGAUGAGAGGAGAGGAGAGGAGAAGAGAGGAAAGAAUAGAAGAGGCAAGGAGAUGAGCUCACAGUAGCAGCCAGCAGUGAAAGCAGCGUCAGUGGUGAGGCAGCGUUGGAAGGUGCAGGGUGCUCUCUAGUGUCCUAACACCAGCAUCAGAGAGGCCAGGAGAGGCUGGCAGAGCUGAAGGAGCUGAAGGAGCUGUAGAAGCAUCCAGAGAGCCCACAGUCUCAGCAGUGUGGCAGUGACUGAACAGUCCUGCUUCGGCUGGAGCAGGAGCUGCAGAUACGCCGCUGCACAAUCUGCAGUAGGAAGGUUGCAGUGCGUCAAACCAUAUGGCUUGCUGAGGAGAGGGGCGAGCUCUGGAUAACUAGCAGAAGUAUGAAGGCGAUUUUGGUUUUGCAUUUGUUUUUCACUUUGGAUGACCGUGUACAUAUGAGACGUGCAUAUGUGUGUGUGUGUGUGUGUGUGUGUGUGUGUGUGUGUGUGUGUGUGUGUGUGUGUGUGUGUGUGUGUGUGUGUGUGUGCAAGAGAAAAUGAGAACAGGUUGCCAGAUUAAGUGAGUAUAUGAAAUAUUUUGAAGAAACUAUUUACUUUUGUACACAGACAAGAAAACCAAGCAUUCUGCGAUCAACUGUUUGCAUGUCCUUAAGAGUUGACAGAGGACUGUUUGAGGGCAUUUCAACAGUUAUUUACCUGCUAAACACAAACAUCCAAAGCAAAUGAAUAAAAGCCUAUCAUUGCAGACUUGUACAGUAUACUCUGAUAUGUUUGCCUCCCUGAUGCACCACUGGUAUAAAAUACAGGUUUAGCAGAUCAUGUCACAUGACCUGGUUCAUGACACCACAUAUGACUACCAUAUGUUACAGAAAAAAACUACAAAUGUAUGUGGAUGUAUAUUAUUUUCCUUCUGCAAAACAACAUAUACCAAACACCAACCUCCUUUUAGGUUACAAAAAAAUUGCUGCAAAAAUGUUCUUAUGCAUGAUCUCUUUUUCAAUGAGGCUGUCUGCGUUGUGAAACAAACAGUCUGUAUGAAUAAUAUGCAUACAUGGCAUCAGUGAACGCAACAGCUACAAAUAGCACAGAGACAUGGAGCGGCAAUCUCAUUUGCCUAUUUCUCCAAAGCCUCCCCUCUGUAACAAUGAUUGAAUUUUCUUUCAAGAUAGCCCCUCCGAGCAUGGAGCUAUGCGGUCUAUAUAUAGGCGUGCUGGUUUGUGUGCAUAAAUAUUAUAUGAUGCUCAACACUGAGGCACCGUUGGCAGCUUCACGGAUUUUAAAGACGGUCGAUGGAGAGAAGGGGGGAGCAAGGUGUUAGAGCCAUUGUCCUACUGUGAUACUUAUUUAAUUCUCUCUCUCUCUGCAUGUCCUCAUACUGUACAUCCCCAUACUAGUUGGUUAUUCAUGAAGGGGGAAAUGAUUGUCUCAGCAGUGUUUAUUAUUUCCACAAUUAUCUCAGAUUAUUAAUGUCAUGAUUGAUGAAGCAGGAGUGAAAUCAAUAGAGGCAGCCAUUACAUCAGCUGCACCAAUUAGACAUUAAUUUGCCUCUUUUACAUUUUUAAGAUGUGUACCAACUUGAGGAGAUAAAAUGCCUGGUUUAUUUAUAGGUAUCUUUUAUUGAUGCGUUGGCUAAUUAGAGGCAAGUGUAGCAGGUUGGCCUUGUUCCCCGUAUGGGUCUUGAAGCUAGGGCGCAAACUGCUCCCCUUAUUCUUAUAUAAGUGUGGUGUUGUGGUGUGUGUGUGUGAGAGAGUGAGUGUGUGUGUGUGUGUGUGUGUGUGUGUGUGUGUGUGUGUGUUUGUGUGUGUGUGUAUGUAACAUGUCUGGCACCACUGUCCAUGUAUUGUGAGUGAGUGAGAGAGAUAGACUGGGAGAGAGACAAAGAGAAUGACACUAAAAACUGAAAACUGCAUUGUUUUGACAGACUGAUAGAGUAUACGCAUGCCUGUCCUAGGCCAGAGUGAGGGUGCUACAUUUGGCCACACAUUGAGGUGUUCACAGUCUGACGGACACUUAUAUAUACAACCAGCUCUAAGGCUCACGGUAGUCCACACACUUCAAGUCAUCAAGGCCAGAGCCCUCAACCUCUAUCUGCUAUGAAUCACUUGGGCACAAAGUUGUGGCGCUGUGGACAGCUGAAGACACUUCAAUGACUCUGCUCCUGCAGUCGAGCCCAGAGCACUCACAACAGGUUCCUAUAACUUAUUCAUACCGCCACAGAGAGCAAGGGCCUUACACUCUCCUGCAUGCAGCACAGCGCUAAGAGGCUACAAUGGUUUCCCCCUGAGACAACAAUGGCUUAAAUCUGUCAUGACAAGAGCUCUGUUCGACACUCACACACAUGACACUCAGAUACAAACUGAUUUACAAGUGUCAUAAACAUGGCCUACAAUAAAACCUGAUACUGCCAUGUGAAUGCACUCUUGCUGGUCCAACUGUAAAGGAAAUGGCUUUGUAAUGGUUGUAUUUUAAAUCAAUGAAAAAUAAUUUUUUGUAUUGCA